AUGGAAUUAAAAGAAAUCCCAUUAUUGAAAUCUCCAUCUAUUGAUGAGAAAAGUGCAAUAAAAUAUGUCAAUAUUGAUACACCAUUAUUUAUCAUGAUUUAUUUAGCAUCAAAUACAAAUAAUGAUAUUUUAAUUGAAAAAGAUAAUGAAUAUGCAUUACAAUUACCAAUUUAUUGUCAAUCAUUAAUGAAAAGUACAAUACCACGUAAUUUAAAUGCAAUAUCAUCAAUGAUAAUUAAUAAAACAUUAAUUGAAAAUAAUGAAAAUUAUAAUCGUUUAUUAAAAAAUCGUCAAUAUUCAAUAUUAAAUAAAUUAGAUAAUUCAAUUGAUUUAAAUCGUUUUGAAAAUGAUUGUGAAUAUCGUCGUUUAACAAUUCUUGGUUUAUUUAUGUGUGAUGAUCCAUCAUUUGAAUAUGUUAAAUGUUUACAUACAAAUGUUUUUCCAUUUAUUGAUGGAAAAGAUUAUGAACGUUUAAAACUUUUUUAUGAUAUUAAAAAAUCUUUAGGAGAUUUAACACAUGCACAAAAACAUAUUCAAGCUAUUCAACAAUUAACUAAUACUCUUAAUUACGAUUUCGAUUAUAAAUUGUUUCUUUCAUCACCAGAAUUAUUUAUUGAAAAAUAUUCAAAUGAUUCUAAUAUAAUAAAUGUUGGUUUAGCAGUUGAUGAAGUUAAAGUUUCAUCAUCAUUAAUUGUUAGUUCAAGUUGGAUUUAUUCAUAUUAUUUACGAUAUAAUCCAUCAUCAUCAUUAAUAUUUGAUUUAUUAAAUCGAAUAAUAUUAUUUGAAGAUUUUAAUUUAUGUAUUAAUAAUUUAUUAUCAUCAAGAAAUAUUCUUUCAAUUAAUAAACGAAUUAAAAUAAUUGAAUAUUCAAUAAAACAAAUUAUGUCGAAACAAGACGAACAAUGGAAAAUAUUAGAAGAAAAAUUAAAUAAAUGUUUAUUACGUCUUGAAGUUUUAUAUAAACUUUUACCAGAUUAUACACAAGAUGAAAUAAAUCAAUUAGAUCAAUGUGAAUAUGUUCAACAACAAGAACAAAUUCUAUCAGAUUUAUUAUGUAAACAUGGACAAUUUCAUUUGAUUAUUUAUUUAAAAACUAGUAUCUUUCCUGACAUCUCAAUUUAUCAAAUAUUACGAUUAACUAUUGAACAAAUAAGUGAAGAUAUUAAGUCUGAUUUUGAUUAUAAAUAUUUUCUUUCAUCACCGGAAUUAUUUAUUGAAAAACAUGCGAAUGAUUCAAAUAUAAUAAAUCUUGGUUUAGCACUUGAUCAAAUUAAAAUAUCAUCAUCAUUCAUAAUUAGUUCAAGUUGGAUAUAUUCAUAUUAUUUACGAUGUAAUCCAUUAUCAUCAUUAAUAUUUGAUUUAUUAAAUCGUAUAACAUUAUUUGAAGAUUUUUGUUUAUGUAUUAAUCAUUUAAUAUCAUCAAGAAAUAUUCUUUCAAUAAAUAAACGAAUAGAAAUAAUUGAAUAUUCAAUAAAACAAAUUAAUUCAAAGGAAGAUGAACAACGGAAAAUUUUCGAAGAACAAUUAAAUAAAUGUUUAUUACGUCUUAAAGUUUUACAGAAACUUUUACCAGAUUAUACACAAGAUGAAUUAAAUCAAUUAGAUCAAUGUGAGGAUGUUCAACAACAAGAAGAAAUUCUAUCAGAUUUAUUAUGUAAACAUGGACAAUUUCAUUUGAUUAUUUAUUUAAGAAAAAAUUUCUUUCAUGACAUUUCAAUGUAUCAAAUAUUAACAUUAACUAUUGAAACGCUAAGUCAAAAUAUUAAUAUAUCUAUGGAUGAUAUCGAUAAAAAAGAAUUAUUUUCUUGUUUACAAAAAAUGUGUCGUUCGGAAUUAAUUGAUCGACGUGUUCGAUUUAAAUUAAUUGAUAAACUUGAUCGAAUGUUUGAUAAACAAGGUCUACAAUCAGAUGAUCUUUUAUUAUUUGAACAAUAUCGUUUAUCAACAUUACUUUCAUCAUUUGAUUCAUUUACGGAAUUAAAAAAAGAAGAUAUUGAAACAGAUGAAAAUCGUUCUAUUCUUUUUCAAAAAUAUCUUUUACAAGCUCAACGACUUAUUCAUUUUGAAUCUCUCAUUCAAAUUCUUAAUAAUACUUGGUCAAAACAACAAAUUACGAAUAUGAAAGGGUUCAAUCCAUCACAUGGAUUAACUUUAAAAAAUGAACUAAUUUUAGCAAUGAUUGAAAACAAUUCAGACUGGGAAAAAGUGUUGACUGAAAAUGCCAUUCUAUUAGAUGAAGAAAAUGGUGUUCUAACAUCCAAUGAAUUAAAAGCAAUGAAAGAAGUAUUUGAUACAUAUGAUACAAAUAAUCAAGGUAUUAUUAAAACUAGUUUACUUGGUAAAAUUCUUCGUACACUUGGUUUUAAUCCACUUGAAAAUACUGAUCAAUUAAAAUUUCCUGAAUAUGUUAGUGCAUUUUUAAAUAUUCCAACAUCUGUAACUGAUAAAGAUAUUAUACCUGCUUUUUAA